CCGGCCGGACUCUUUAGAAGCGGGCUCCAAGCGGAAGUGGUGGGGCGGAACUCGUGAGCGACAGCUGCAGCAUGUCGGCUUCGCUCCUGCGCAAAGGCCUGGAGCUCCUUGGAGAGCCUACCGGCUCCAGGGCUGGACCCCAGAAGCGGCCCCCGGGGAAACGGCCUCCCAGGAAGAACGGAGCCACGGUCAAAGGGAAGGUCACCAAGUCGGCUCUGGAGGAGUUCCAGAAGCGACAGAAUCAGGACCACCUGCUGGAGAACCUGAGAUUCAUGAAGCAGAAACGGGUGGCUGCAGACCCAAAGGUCACCUCAAAGAUCCUUCUCCAAAACCGAGGCAGGAAAGCCAGGGACCGACCAGCCACUAAGCCAGAGAAGGAGAAGUCCCAGGGCACUGUGUUCACUGAGGAAGAUUUCCAGAAGUUCCAGGAGGAAUAUUUUGGGAGUUCCGGAACAAAGUGAUGGAGAGGAAGGAGCCCCAAGUCUGGACUGGUGUGGUCUUCACUCCCUGGGAAGAAGCCGACAUAUGGAGACAAGGAGAGCGAGUCUGGUCUUAGACCAAGUCUCCUGGUUCAGAACAAGGCAGUCCCUGGGGCCAAGAGACUUGAGAACCUGAGGGACUGUGGCAGGUAGAGGGGAGGGCCUGGCUCCCUUCUCCCCACUCCCAGCUUCAGGAGUCCCCACCCUUAGGACUGCUGUUUGAGACUCAGCCACCAGAGGGCACUGCUGCCCCCACACAGAAGGGGUAGGUUGGACCAGGGCCUGGGGACUGCUCUGCCCCAUAAAUAAAAAUGAAAACUUCCCUGUUUGGGAUUCCAGUGAGCCUCAUCUCAGCCUGGGGCACCUUCCCACCCUAGAGAGGCCCCCUAGGGAGGGUAACAGAAGGAGGGGGGCUUGCAACCAUGGAGUCAUAUGGGGGAGCCUGGGGUCUGGGCUGUUGGAAGCUUGAGGCUACCCUCCAUACAGACAAGGGCAUGAGAUCUGAGGGAAAGGAACCUUUUGGUAACAACAGGCCUCUGCUGGGGUGCUGAGCCCCCUCCCACGCUCAGCUUCCUGCUCUCCUACUUCCUCUAAAGCUCAAAACAAAGGCCCUUCACUUUUCUCUCCUCUUGGGCCAUACUCUGCCUUGCCUGCCAAAGAGCACCUCCAGAAAGGCCAAGAUGAGAGCCUUUCUCUGACAGCUGGUCCACAGUUCAGAAAGCUCCUACGGAGUCACUGGAGUCAGAAGAAUGGGGCUAAUUUUGCCCUCCUCUUCUGCCAGUCAAUGUGGAUAAAUCGAGCAGUAUGGUUGCAAAGCCUGCCAUGAUGGGGGCAGCUGGGUAGCUCAGUAGAUGAGAGCCAGGCCUAGAGAUGGGAGGUCCUGGUUUCAAAUCUGGCCUCAGACAUUUCCCAGCUGUUUGACUGAGCAAGUCACCUAACUCCCAUGGCCUAGCCCUUACCACUCUUCUGCCUUGGAACCAAUACACAGUAUUGAUUCUAAGAUGGAAGGUAAGGGUUUAAAAAAAAAAUAAAAGCCUGCUGUGGAGGCUGGGAUCUCUGAGCUCUAGCUUUGGAGCCACCCUAGAUAGGAUCCUUGGGCACAAAGGGAAGUGAGGCCCCUCAGACCCUGGGGUAAGGCCUCUCCCAGUGGAGUAGCCUCCAAGGUUAGAAUCAUGGGAUGCUGGCAUCAAAGGGGACUUGGGCUGACUCCUGCUCCCAGCCAGUGAUUUCCGACUACUACAGUUCCCCUUGGGGGAGCUCUGUCAGAAACUUAUGUGGUGUCUUCCCCCAAUAGUCAGCUCCUGGGGAGAGCAGACUCCUUCAGUUUAACAUUUGUGACCCCCCCCCCCCCCAAUCCAUAGACAUUCUUUGGCACAUAGUAAGCACUUAAAUGCUUGAGAGUCACUGCCAUUUCCUCCACCUGCCCUUUGCCCUCUUUCCAGUGAGAGCUAGAAGGAGGGACUAAAUCUCCCUCUUCCCUGCCUGCUGACUAUGCUCCCUCCCUCUAGCAGAGGUGAGGGGUGCAAUUGCCAAACAUCUCAGAUGCUGUCCAAAGUGGUUCAGUUCUGUUUUGCUGAAUAAAAUCAUUUCCUCUUGUU